GUGGUUUGAUUUGGAAUAUUCAUUCAUUCAUUCGUCUCUCUCUCGAAGCUUCAAGUCGACUAUGGCAGCAGCGAUGUCUUCUUCUUGUUGCGUUUCUUCGCUUCGCUUAAUUCCGUUCAAACGAAAUUUGAUUUCUUCCGUUCAUUAUCCGGCGAAAUCCCUGAUUUUGCGGCCAAUUCCCUCAUUUCUUCGGACGAUCGUCACUUUCCAGAAAAUAUCAACCGGAAUCGUUCCUCCGCCAUCGGCUUCAUCAUCUCCGUCGAGUUCCGUAGACCUUCAACCCAUCGAAGAGCUUCCUCCGAAGCUACAAGAGAUCGUCAAGCUAUUCCAAUCGGUACAGGAGCCAAAGGCCAAGUACGAGCAGCUUCUCUUCUACGGGAAGAAUCUGAAACCGCUCGAUUCCCAAUUCAAGACGAGGGAGAACAAAGUGGAAGGAUGCGUUUCUCAGGUAUGGGUUAGGGCUUUCUUUGACGAGGAACGCAACGUCGUGUACGAAGCUGAUUCCGAUUCGGUUCUCACCAAAGGGCUAGCUGCUCUUCUCGUUCAGGGUUUAUCUGGAAGACCCGUGCCUGAGAUUUUGAGGAUAACGCCUGAUUUCGCGGUUCUUCUCGGCUUGCAGCAGAGCCUUACUCCUUCAAGAAACAAUGGAUUCCUUAACAUGCUCAAGUUGAUGCAGAAGAAGGCUCUUUUUCUGGAAGUCAAAGCUGAGGAGGGUACAAGCUCUGGAGAGGUUUCAGAAUCCAGCUUCGCAUCUACUCCUGAAACAAACGACGAAGCAAAUGUUACUGAGGCGGAUUCGGAGUCAAGACCUAGUGUAGUUGAGGAGGAUUUGGGAACAGAAAAGAUUGAAGAUUCCGAUAGUGGGUCAAAUAUCGUUGCUUUAGGCGAUAGAGGGAUGAGGAUUAGAGAGAAAUUGGAGAAGGAGCUAAGUCCUGUUGAGUUAGAAGUUGAAGAUGUGUCUUACCAGCACGCAGGACAUGCUGCUGUUCGAGGUAGUGCUGGUGCUGAUGGGGAAACACAUUUCAACCUGAGAAUCGUCUCGGAUGCUUUCCAAGGUAAAAGCUUGGUGAAGAGACAUAGGAUGAUAUAUGGCUUGUUGCAAGAGGAGUUGCAGAGCGGGUUACAUGCUCUCUCUAUUGUGGCUAAGACUGCGGCUGAGCUUUGAGGGCGUUGCAAUGGAAGAAGUCGAGAUCCACAUUAUUUUUCCAUUUGCUUUGGAUUUUGUUCUCUGGACCUUUUAAUAAUCUUGACGCUUACGAGCUAUAUAUCAGGAUCAUGUUUUAUAUGGAUUCUUGAAUUGAGAGAUAUGUAUUGCUUGUGCCAACGGAUCAGAUCUUUAUAGAGGAUAUAUAUAUAUAUAGUUUUCACUU